AUGAACGCGAUAAAGGAAAACCAAGACGAACUAGAAGCAGCCCUCUCGAGUUCUCAACCGGACCAGGAAGCGAUCUCAAACCUCACAGCUGCUCUUGAUAAGAAGUAUGCGGAUGAGGAACUCUUUUGGAGACAAAGAAGCGGCAUACAGUGGCUCCACAGCGGUGAUAAGAACUCCAGCUUCUUUCACGCAGCAACUAGAGGACGGAGAGCCAGGAACAAGUUCUCGGUGAUAGAAGACGUAAACGGCACGGCUCAUUUUAAGGAAAAACAGAUCGCCCGAGUAGUAGAGCAAUACUACAAAACCAUCUUCACAUCAAAAUCCAACAACAGCCUCGAUGUGAUCUCAGAAGCGAUCUCCCCAAAGAUUACACAAGACAUGAAUGCAGACCUGACUAGAAUCCCUGACGACGCUGAGAUCACACAAGCAAUCUUCUCGAUAGAUGCAGAGAAAGCACCAGGUCCAGAUGGGUUCUCUGCUGGCUUUUACCAAUCUUUUUGGGACAUAAUAGGGCCAGUUGUAUCCCGGGACAUCUGGUUAUUCUUUGAAACGGGUUCACUACACCAGAGGCAGAACGAGACACAUGUUUGCCUCAUCCCCAAGAUCAAAGGCCCUCGGAAGGUGUCAGAGUAUCGACCUAUAGCUUUAUGUAACACCCACUAUAAAGUUAUAGCCAAAAUACUCAUAAACCGGCUACAACCUCUCCUGCCUCACCUCAUCUCGGCGCAACAGUCAGCUUUUGUCCCAAAACGGGCAAUCUCGGACAACGUCCUGAUUACACACGAAAUCAUGCACUACCUACGGAUCUCAGAAGCAAAAAAGAGAUGCUCCAGGGCCGUAAAAACGGACAUGAGCAAAGCGUAUGAUAGGAUUGAGUGGGACUUCCUCCAAGCGGUUCUAAAGCGGUUUGGUUUCCAUGAAAUUUGGAUCACUUGGAUUAUGGAGUGCGUAAGUUCGGUCUCUUACUCUUUCCUGAUCAACGGUACACCACAUGGACGAGUAUUACCAUCUCGCGGUCUACGCCAGGGAGACCCUUUGUCCCCUUACUUAUUCAUUCUGUGCACUGAAGUUUUGUCAGGACUCUGUACAAAGGCACAGGAUUCAGGAAUGCUCCCGGGAAUCAAAGUCGCACGAAACUCACCACCGAUUAACCAUCUAUUGUUUGCAGACGACACUAUGUUCUUCUGCCGCAGUGAUGCUCGGAGUUGUGAAACAUUGAAUUCCAUCCUCAAGCGUUAUGAAGCAGCUUCAGGACAGUGCAUCAAUCUUGAGAAGUCAGCGAUCACCUUUUCCUCUAAAACGCCUUUGGAAGCAAAAACCAGAGUAAAGAAUACUCUAAUAUCACCAACGAAGGAGGGCUCGGCAAAUAUCUUGGUCUCCCGGAACACUUCGGAAGAAGAAAGAGGGACAUCUUUGCAAGUAUUGUUGAUCGUAUUCGUCAAAGAGCGCAUAGCUGGUCUUCUCGCUUCCUCUCUAGUGCGGGAAAACAAAUCCUCCUGA